AAUACCUACGAAACUUUCAUUAGAUAUUAGAAAUGUAUGGUGUUGUGUGAUUAGAAGAUAAACUUUGUACUUACGACAAAUACGUUCGCAAUGAAUAUGUGAUGGUCAUGGACUGAUUGAAUGCUGGUUGUAAUCAUAAUAUUUGACCUAUUUUACAGUGAAGUGACCAUGUCGGAACAGAAAAUAUUACUAAAAGAUUCUACCUUACUGAAAGUUCGGCGUAUAAUAGUCGAUCCUCAAAAAGUUAUCAUCAGCAGACCUAAGAAACCACCCGUAGGCCAGUCCAGGGCCUUGAUCCAUAAAUCCCUCAAAGUAUUACCAAUACUAAAAGAAGACAUCAUAUAUGAAUCUGGUAACCAGAACGACGAUUAUAUAAAGGGGAAGUACAGUAAAGUCACACUUAAAAAUCAGUUGCACAGAGUUAAUAACCGUUGCCGCACCAGUGCCAGUUAUAUCACAUUAGACGGACAGACCGAGGUGAAAACAUCAAACAGACUUGUCAAUCUUAUAGGGCAACAGAAUUAUGAUGCGGUGUUUGUUGCCCUGUGCUCCAUUAUUAGUCAAGAUCUUAAAAUAAGGGCUAUGCUGGCUCUACUUACAACGGACAAGCCCACUAAAGAUGCUGCGUGUCAGACACUGCCCUGUAUGAAGUGUUAUACUGACUCAAAAGUGUAUGCAGAUGCUGCAUCUCAAACAAUGGUCAGAACUGAAGAUAUAUUUGAUAAGAAGAAGCCAACGAUAAAACGGAAAGUCACUUCAUUUGUGGUUAAAAGUGAUAAACCGCCCACAGGGCCUAAAGUCAAUAGAAUUUAUAUCAAUCCACACAGCAAAGAAGAUUGCCAGAUGCUCGAGGAACAGGAUAAAAAGUGUAGCAAUGUAUAUCCAGAAGAUCAUAAGUCUGAUGUGAAUAUAACAGAAAACACUGACAUAGACUCCACAAUUAAGUGUAGACCAUCUUUGCCGGAAUUGAAACCGUUUUUACUGGAGGAAGACAGCAAUACUUCCAAUAUUUCCCUCUCAAAUUUUUCAGUCUGCUCCGAAAUCCUGCAUGCUCAAGAGACAAACCUGCAAAGUAAGAUUGACUGUAACAUCAAGCAAGACAAAACUCCUGAAGCUAAAAGUCCACCGCCAGACUCGACAAAAGAUACACUUAAAAAAUCUGACGUAGAUUGGUUUCUUAAGAACUUUCAUCCUACUCCAAUACAGUUGUUUGACGGGACGUACAUAACGUUACCAGACAAGCCAGAAGAUCAGUUCCAUUUGAUUACUUCAAAUAUUUUGAAAAAUCUUCCUGAGCAAGACAGGAAGAAGCUCAUACAGCACCAAGCAUACAUCGAUCACAAACUGUGCCUUGAGACCAAUGAGGAUGGAUAUAUGCCGAUCCACCUGGCGGUGUUGAACGACGACGUGGGGCUGAUCCGGCGGCAGGGGGUCGUGCUGAAGCACCGCGGCCAGACCGUGGAUGUCACCACCAGGGAGGGGCUGACGCCGCUAGACCUCGCCAUCCUGGGCCGCAAGCCUCUCGCCUGCGUGACGUCACUGCUGCUGCUGGGCGCGUCCCCGGUGACGUCACUGCACCGCGCGGCCGAGGCGCCCGCCGAGUACCUGCGCGCCGCGCUACAAGCCAUGGACAUGGGGGCCAGACAAAUCAUCAGUGACAACGAGGAGUUCCAGUUCCCCGGGUGGGAAGAGAAGAGCGACGAGGAGCUGGCCGAGUACCUGGCGCUGGAGACCAGCGUCAUGCUCGAUAACAAUGGCUACACCCCCCUAAUGCUGGCCGCGCGGCUGGGCCAGCACGAGUCUGUGCGCAUGUUGCUCGAGCGCUCCCCGCGCACCGUGCGCGCCGCGCGCCCCGGCUGCGGCCAGACCGCCGCGCACCUCGCCGUGGCUGAAGCUGCUGCUAGGGCCGCAGAAAGCGACACCCGGACGGUACCCGAAGACUUUCUGAAGACCGUCGAAUUACUAAUAGACUACGGAGCAGAUCCGGACACAGAGGACAGAUCCGGCACGAAAGUGUUCGACCUGCUUGCCAACACCUUCGAGAAUGUCGAAAACUCCUUGUCCCAACUUAUAUCUAAACGCUUGACAGCAAAACUUUGUGACGGGGAAAUACCUACUUCGGCCAAUAUAGCUUCGUAUAUGCUUCUGAAUGAAAGUGGGAAGGUUUCUUUGGUGGAAAGGAAAAAUAAACGCCGGACUGAAGGGAGGAAAAAUGACAGCAAACGUCAAACUGACAGUCCGAGUGACGGUAAAUGUCAAACUGACAGUUCAGUGUCUAGUGACAGAUCGACAAUAGACACAAAAGAUAUUCACAGUACCGAUCGAAGUAAAAAACGUAAGAUUGAAGACUCGGUUGUAAGUAAAAAUGACAGUUUAAAGCCAAGUAGUAGUAAACGUCAAACUGAUAGCGAUAUUGAUAUUAAAAGUCAAAGUGGCACUAAAAGUGAAAAUAAACCGGUUAUACUGACCAAUGUUGCCAUAAGCAAUAGUGCGGUGUUGCCAGUAAAUACGGUAGUGUACCCAACAGCCCUUAUAGUGAAUAAUAGUAAUAUAGUUCAGAGUGAAAGGUAUGCUACUGUAGACAGACCAUCUAAUAUUAUUCUUCAUAAGGGACGAACUUCACAAACUAAAAAGAACAGUAAAAUGGAUAAUAAAACUAAAUUUGUUAAAAUAUUACCGAAAGGUGGUGGCUCUGUAGGGUAAGCGCGCGCUUAUGAAAGAUUCAGGUUGGAAUCUAGACCGUGAUUUUAGAUGGGCACAAUGUACCUAUACUAUCCCUCUUACUGUGAAGGAAAACAUCGUGAGGAAACCUGCACAUCAUACGAGGGAUAUGAGACAAGCUUAGCGCAGCAAAUUGAAAAAAAUAACAACUUCCAUUACAAAAGUUUUUCCUAAAACAGCCACGUAUCACGCCCUCUUCAUGUUAUUUCCAAUUUCAGAAUCUACCUCCCAAUACCCAGUACCUAGAAUUUGGAAGCUGAAGCCGUUUUUAGCGUUUAUUACAUUAACUUCUACAUUCUAGGUACUUACUGCGUGUUGGGAGGUAGGUUCUAAAAAUUGGCAGGUCACGACGUACAGUCCAACUAUAAAGUCAUGACAAUAAAGAGUGCGAUUUUGCUAAGACGUUUUAUCAUUGACAGAUAUUUACCUUCAU